AUGGUAUUCGUGAAAAGGUAUGCUUAUUCGUUCACGCAAGAUUGGCUACUUUCUCUGUUUCUGACAAAAAGUAUGUGGGACCUGAAUUAUGCCUAGGUGGAACCCUUUGAGUAACUCUGACAAGUCCAAAUCGAUAACUACUGAAACACCAUACUCUUCUAUAUAAACAUCUGCACGAAAUUUUGUUGUUUUCUUCCCUGCGCAGGUCAGCUGAUUAUGCAUCCGGUAAUCAAAUUUCAUCCAUCUGGGACGCAGUUCUUUUAAUGAGCCGACCAACAGGGUGAAAUUUCAGCGAGUUUUAGUUGCCCGCGAAAACACAUGACUGACACUAGAGGGUGUGGAGAGCGUUGGCGAUGGAGGGCUCGCGAUUUUAUGCAUGGGGCAGUAAAACCUUGAAACUUCUUGGUCGGACACAACGAUUCAAAUCCCCCUUAUGCAGAUCUUAUUCGGUUCAGCCUGGUUCUGGCAGCUACGGCAUUUUGUGUGACGUAGACGGCGUUCUCACAAGAGGUCGGUCGGCAAUCGGUUCUGCGUUUCGCGCUUUUGAGCUUCUGCGUGACAAAAAUGGACGUUGGAGUGCGCCUGUGCUGUUUUUAACCAACGCAAGCAACGUACUGAAGCAGACAAAGGCUGAGGAACUAUCCAAUGUACUGAAAUGCAAGGUAAAGGUUCCGUCUGAACUAUUUUUUUAAGAUUUCGCCUCAAGAUAUCGUCAUGUCGCACACGCCAUUACGGCAAUAUUCGGAAAUGUUUGACAAACAUGUUGCUGUUUGCGGACUUGGUCCUAUAAAGGAGAUUGCUCAUAAUCUUGGCUUCAAAAAUGUUUCUACAAUCGAGGAGAUUUCGGCCGCAUUCCCGUUUCUGGAUGCUUGCAAACCUAAGGAAGAGAUGUUCGCGGUAAUUUUUCUUGUUAAUUAUUGGCAUUUUCUUCGGAAUAAACUUUUAAUUAGAUGUAUAAAGCUAUAUAUGCAUGCUAAGCAAAGUUUAGAACAUACAAAACAUUACAAUGUUCACAACUUGUCGUAUAUUACUCGAAAAUGGUCACCAGUGCGUCGUCCUUAGCUUGUAGGCGAUGCUCUGAGGGCCUUUUGAAGGUGUAUGCGACUACUCACGGCGAAAGAUCUUUGUAAAAAAGGGCGAGAGUUGCUCUGAACACAUUACUAUUUAGUGUAGUAAUAACAAUUUUGAGGGAAAAUAGAAAAUAAGGGAAUUGCAUGCCUUUCGAUUUAUCUAUUAAACUGCAAGUUGGAUAUUCAAGGAUGUGCCGCGACGAAAAGGCUAAACGAGUAAUUGAAAAUAUGCAUAAAAAGUUAAAAUAUUAGUUUUUUCGUCCUUCAGUUUGUUGUACUAACGUUGAUAGAAACAGAUAAAUUAAGAUUAAAUGUCCUCGUUUAAAUAAUGAAGACUGACGUUCGAAUUUCAUGAAAUACUUCCAAGUAUAUAUCCUUUUACUCACUUUUAAGUUGUUUCAGUACAUACUAGGGUAUUUUCACCACAUUUUAACUGCGACUUAACCUGGAUAGCAUAAAUCAUGGACUGUACACGAAGAGGGUGCCCAUCGAAUAGAGAAUAAAGUCAUACUAAGUAAGUUUAACGACGAGCCUGCCGUCUUCUGCGUACAACGUAUUUUUCUUUUCGGAAAUUCCCUGUUUUCGUCUUAAUGCCCAUGGGAGACGUUGAGCCUAAUGACACCCUUGUAAUUUCAGUACAUGAUUUCCUGCUCUCAGUGCCCUCUAUCGACCACAAUAAGUAUCUUAUACACUUCGUUGCUAUUAUAAUUAUAAGGUUAAGGCGACCCUCGAAAACCUCUGCUGUAUGUAGCAUUUUCUGAAAUCAUUUCCUUUGACAGUAUUUUAGGGGAUAAGCAAUUGAUUUUCAAAAUAAUGUGCAUGAUGGCUGUGAUUUAAAUCAAAUAAACGGCUUUUUCGCAACCACAUGCGCAAGGUGCUUUGUUGUGUUAUUUACAAAAUCAGUGCUCGUCCACCGAACGAGUAAAUUCGUUGUCUGGUGUAAUUAGUACCUUUUCUGCCAACUUUGUUUUGUUUCAGUCCUUGUUUUAUGAUUAUAAAUACGUUGCAGGAUGACCCCAGUAGCAGGAUAUUUUUUCCAACAUUUCGCGCUGUAACAGUUGCGUUCCCGGCUUACGUAGGAACAGGAGAUAUGUUGCAUCAAGUCGCCUUUGAGCAUACCUAAAGUUAGACUGACAAAAAAAGGAAUAAAAGCCAUAAAUAUAGCAAACCCAGUUUUCUGUGUUUUAGGGUAAAAAACUACACAGAUGUGCAAUUCUGAGACUUUAACUUCGGAAGGGCCUUUCUUUUUCACAAAGAGGCGUGACUAUUUGAAUAUUACGCCAUUUGAGUUAUACUAACCGCAAAGCCGUUCUUUAAGAAUGCGAAGUCCAUCUGAAUAAACUGUUCUAACUGAUGUGGGCGUAAAUAAGCGGGCGUUGUCUGCGGCGGUUCUUACCAUAAACACUUCCCAGAAUAUAAAUAAAUUCUGAUGAUCACCUUAAAAUGUCUUGUUUGUCGUCCAUUCAGUUAUACAAAAGCGGACUCUACGGAUGCCACAUUAUUAUACUAUGCGCAAUUCACGAUAUUUGAGGUAUUUCGUACCAAUAACUGGAUUUUGAUCACGGAGUUCCAUCAGUUUCUCAACUAUCCAGUACGUCUUUCGGAAAACACUGGUGGACUUCAUAGUUAAGCAUUAAAUCACCACAUUGUUUGCUAAAAUUAUUUGGCUAAAUAUUUCACAUUGAUAUGAGUUGCUUCCUCAGAACGGGCUUCUAAAUCACGUAAUUUGACCUUGCUCCCGAGUGUUGGCCGUCUGUAUUUGUCGUUGCACAGUCAUGCGUUAUUCUGUUUUUUUGUUGUGUUCAUUGUCUGUGCAGUAAGAAAGAUCUACGGUGCUUUUCUCAGACGGAAUGGUCUUUUAUCCGACUAGUUUUUCGUUGCAGUUUGUGAAGACAAAGGCAUUGUAAAUAUGACCAUUUUAUCCCUAGAUGCAUGUAUUUUAGUAUUUUCUGUUUAGACCUCACGAUGGCGUAAAACAGUGCGCAAUCUUACUGCAUCAGUUUUUACACUCACCUUUGUUUUUCGCCGGCCACAUAUAAAUCUGUGUGAUUUACUUAUUUUAGGGCCCAAUUUCUCACCCAAACAUAGACAAAAUUGAAGGUAAUUGACCCGUCCUAUAUUUGUAUGUCUUCACGCUAUGUCUUCACACCAGUAUAAACUCUUUCGGUAUUUUUAAGAAUUUUCCAUUACGUUUUCGCAGGGGCUUGAUUCUUACGUACAACCCCUAAAGAUAAUCUGUCUUCAGCAUGCACUCUAGAAUUAGUACGUUGAGAUUUAACAAACAUUAAUGCCCCACGCGGUUUUCGGAAUUUUGGCUUAAGCGCAAAACACUGAAGCGAAAUCAAAAGGUUUUACGGCUUCUUGGCCUAACCUGUUUUCUUCCUUUUAAUAGCCACUCCAUAUCUAUUUUUCCUUGUGAAAACCCCGUGUGUAGCCAGAGACGGUGAUUCUCCCACACAACAUACAUGUUCUAGUUCGUCAUAGUGGACGCUGCCAUGAUGAAUUUAGCGCCGAAAUAUUUAUCAACACAGUGCCCAGCAGAUACAGCGAAACAGUUUGAUUACGAAAGGACUUCACUCAAAGUUAGCAUUUCCAACUAGUAACUAGAACGAUUUUUAUCUCCACAAAAAUAUGAAACCCGCCAAAUUCUCAGCAAACGUUAGAUGAGCUUCCGUUGGUCCGGCCGCGUACGUCUACUUUUGACCUUGUAUGGGUGGCCGCACAGGUGGCUUGCAUCUGCGAGUUCAAAUAAGUCCUCCGGUUUUAACGGGCAACAAUGACCGCGAAUAAUAUGGAAUGUCUUAGAUAGUUUGACUCUCUUUAAGAGGAAGGGGACGGGCCAAGUCUAUUUGGUCAGUCUGGGUAGGACGGAUUUUUAAUGAAUUUUAAGAGUCCGCGGCGAAAAUCUUAGUGCGCAUGGUCAAGACGUUAGUUUGUUACCAUGCUUCGGAGUAAAAACCCACAGUCUCAAGGGCAAAGUUCAAUUCAGGCUUACGUUGUGGCACACUGACGACCUCUGCUAGUUGUCAGACGGCGCCCGUCCAGUUUGUCUUGAGGUUCUUUGAGCACACCUGGAUUCGAUUAAUGGCCACAGAAAUGCAAGCUGAUGAUCCUGCACUCAUUUAGUGGACAGAAAGUAAUUUUCUAAACACGGAUGGCCUUUCGGAAGACAAAUUUCCUGACUUACAUUCGGUAAAGUUAUCAUGAAGGAUGAAGGUUUAGGAGAUUUCUAAGACAUUCCUGUCAUAUGCAUCUGUCUCCUCAAUUUAUUAAAUCAAAGCGGUCUUUUGAACAGUAUUCCUUCAGAAAUGCACCUAACGUGGACAACCUUUUUACCAGGAAAGAACAUCGCGUUGCAACUGCCUGAGAGGGUUCUAGAUUGAGUCCUGAGGGGCACUGGAACGACCAUGUUCCGUAACCUUAUUGGCAAACACACAUGACCUAUGGGAAUAAUGCAGGGGGGUAUUAACUAAGUUAUCUCUAACAAGUGCCUUACAGUGUUUUAUUUUUAUAUAAUUUAUUAGUCAUUAAUCAGGCAAGUACUCCGGAGCAUCAUUUUUACUUUCCAUGUUGCGUGACAUCGUCAAUUAUGAGUUUCCUUUUUGGAAGUCGGGUCGGGCCAGUUUUUUGUCCACACGUGAAUUUCUACCACAGUCGACUCUUUUUUAGCAACCGAGACGAAAUAACGUAGCCGAAAAAACUGCCUUCAUAUAUUGACUGUUAGAACCGAACCUUAGGCCGGUCAUUUCGUCACCAUAAGUUCGAUCAAGACGUUGGAAUCAUGGCAUUCAAGUUUACCGCACAUGGUCGGAGGAAGAGGGGAGGCAAAAUAUUCCGUCAGUCCACAGUCUUUGAAACCACGACUUCCUGUGUGAAAUGAUGAUUGAAUGCCAUCGGGAUGGGCCGUUUCUCCUAAUAAUCACCCGAAAGAAGAGAUUUUAGAAGGCGCGACGGACAGAUUCUCCGGUUGGGCAGUCUGUGUCCUCACUUGAACUCGCCAAUAUGCUUAGGGCCGGACCUACGAAUGUAACUGUUUGCAGGCGCGGUUUAUAAGAAUGUAGUUAUCCCUAAAUGUCGCCUAAAGAGUGGUCGAUCAUCAUUGGGCCCAAUUUAUCUGCACUAGUUAUUUUGCUAAAUUUCAUGGCAGUAUGUGUGUGCAGGGAGUGCAAUCGGAAUCCAGGCGGACAUCGUCACUUUGACAGACAGACAGUCCGAACAAGCGUCUACCUACCGAGCACAGCAGUCACACACACACACUCGCAACCGCAUCGACUUGAUGUUAAACCACACGAGGGUAGCUGACGUGCAUCUUCAGUGCUGACGAAUUCAUGCGAACUCUGCUUCAGUUGAUAAGGGAGGAGAGCCACCAGCAGGUGUGAUAUAGAGGCCUAGUCGCGUCACCAGUCGUCUUGAUCAGCGAGAUCUUGAAAGAUGGUGCGUGCGCAAGUCUGCCGCGGCAUGAUUAACUCCACACGAAGGUCACCACUACCUCCCACUCGUGGGGCUCCUCAGUGGACAAAAUAUCCCUUCGUUAAGCGAGACCACGACGAACACGCACGGGCUGUGCUCGUAUGCUGUCGUCACCACUUGAGAUCUUCACCCCCCACGCGGCGGCGGCGGUCACCACCACCUCUCACUCGUGGGGCUCAUCAGUGGACAAAAUAUCCCUUCGUUAGGGGAGGCCAUAACGAGCACGUACGCUGCCGAAAAGUCGUCCUCACUUGAGACCUUCACUCCCCUCGGCGGCGACCGCUUGACCGUCAUCGAUUAACCCGAAGAUAGACUGUCCGUCAGGGGGGUGUCUUAAUUAGCAUUGUCAUGUGACUCGUGACCUCUGACCGGGUACCAUACCCCAAUUAUCCACAUGUUAUCGCCGCCUUUGACGGUCUGCAUAUCGUCGACAGGCGCUAAAACGUCCCCAGUUUUUUAAAUGAACGACAAAAAUUCGACUGGAUUUCCUGUUCAGCUAGACUAGGUGGGGCAAGCUGGGCGUACUAACAGCUGGCAAAAUCAACAGUGUAAACAUGCGAUGAGGACAUCUACAUGAUCACUUAAGUUGUCAGCGGGUUAGAUCGCAGUUGGUAUCCAGGCCCGUAUUUCAGGUGGCUGCGGGGUUUGUUUACUGGGGCUAUUUUGUGGGGUUCCAUAAUCAGAUCUGACCCAUUUGGCUUCCGUUUUACGUUUGCGGUUAGGAUUAGGGUACUGGUUAAUGGUUUCCGAUUUUCGGGUUAGGGUUAUGCCUUUAGGCUUAGGUUUUCGGGUUACGGUUAGGGUUUGAGCGUACGAUUAAGGUUCAGUAUUACAUUUAGGUUUCUCAGUUACGGCUAUGUCUAAGUGCUACGGUUACAUUUACGAUUUCGGUUAGGGUUGCCGUUAAGGUUAACGGUUAACGUUUAAGGUUGAGCCUAGGGUUAAGGUUAAGAUUAGGGUUAGAGUCGCCGUCCGCUUCCCCAUUCCUGGCUACCAACUGUGACCUAGCCUGUCAGCGUUAUCAUUCAAUACGACAUUUCCAGCGUCAAGCUGUACGGCGCCGCGACAUUAACAGUGAUCAAAGGCCUUGCUGUGUUAUUUACAGCCUCGGUGACAAAGCUGACACUGCGGAACCCGUAGACUCAAUAUGAAAUUCAACGCUGGGAGCACCGAAGCAGCGGUUGCCCCCCCCCCCCUCCCCCUUGGAGGGAACGGAUCGCGUCUGCUGAACGACAGAAUACACAGACUGUUUAACGGUUCUGCUGACAUAGGCACCCUCACGUCUGAAGGACGUCAGGGUGAAGGUGUAAAAGACCUUCGAACGUAAUCGGUCUUUGUAGUAGCGGGAAUACCGCGACGCCUCCAUUGGCACUUUCUUAGGCAUGCAGAAACCCUCCUUUGUUUAGACGACGAAUCACCUUUACUCUGUCCCUGGGGCAGAAACGUGGCUCCGAGAUCCUUGAGACUGCUCAGUUCGUCGAGCUUGCAACCAUUAGUCCCGAAGGGCGCAUUCUCCUCGCCAGAAAUGCAGCUCGAAAACGCUCUAAUCUUCGCAGCGUUUAUGUUUAAACCGACUGGUCUAGCCACCUUGUUUAUCUAAGAUGCCAAGUUCAGUAGGCUAUAAUUAGUCGGAACGAUAUAGUCGGCUUAAUAGUGGUCAGCUAGCCUGCGUCCAGGUACAACUUUGACAUCGUCAAAACCACCUACAGUCCUUCCGAGAAUCCAGUCUGGGAGGUAGUUAAACAGGGCGGAUGCAGGUCUAGUAGCAAAGGAUUGUCAGGACAAUGCAUUCGUGUAGCGCUGGUGCGGCAGUAGGUCCCAUGAGUCGUCACUGGGUCUCAAGAUGACCGAAAUAGGGUGUGGCAGCGAAGGCAAUAAAGCAGCUGACUGUCGGUUGAUGGUAUCCAUGGCACAGUUCAAUAAAAAACAGUUGUAAACAUGACAGUCGAUUUGCGAACUCGAUGCCUAGGCACUGAAGGGGAUGGAUACCUGCCGUCUGGGAGCUGACUCCCAUUUUAUCUAGCCAAGCGAACCAGACUAUUCAUGCAGACGAUCACGUCCCAAGUCGCCAAAACUGCAAAGGUAACCCAAAGCAACUCAAAAGGAGUGUUUAGCAGGGUUGCAAGAGAAAACAGUUAAGCAAGUCUGGGGUUUUUACUGCGGUGCACUUUUGCAUUAUUUAUUCAUAGGGAUUUCUAUGAGUGAGGACUGUGGGCUGAUCCCUGGGGAGUGCCAGCCCCUGACUUGGAACCGAACCAACGAAGAAAGCGGACAUCGCUGAAUGUUGAAGAGACCCAGAACGGACCCUAAAAAUCAAGUAUUUUGGCGAUCUGCAGGCCCAAUUAUUAUUUCUGUUCCGCUAGACGAUUUCAUGCAUUUUUCGACCAGGAAUGCUGGUUUGCCGUAUCUUCUUCACGUUUCCAUAUCGCAAGACAUUUUUAAAAAAUAUAACAGUAUGUAACAUAGCUUAGGAAUAAAGAAGAAGACACGAUCGCCGGGACAAGAGCUUUAUUAGCCUGACGUUUCGGAUUCCUGCUCGAAUCCAUCAUCAGAGACAAAAGCAGAUAAGGGUAGUUCAUGCAUAUGCGGCUGCAGUAUUUAUAGGAUGCAGUAGCCAUGCUACCGCAUACCUAUGAAUGUUCACGGCUCCUCCCUUCACCAGGGAUCGUUGCACGUGGCACCAACAUCCAACGCACGUGAUGAAAUUGCAGCAAUUAACGACGCGAAUGUCGGCCAUCACGUCACGUGCAACGAUCCCCAAAGAAAGGGCGGGGGAGCCGUGAAUAUUCAUAGGUAUGCGGUAGCAUGGCUACUGCAUCCUAUAAAUACUGAGCCGCAUAUUCAUGAACUACCCUUAUCUGCUUUUGUCUCUGAUGAUGGAUUCGAGCAGGAAUCCGAAACGUCAGGCUAAUAAAGCUCUUGUCCCGACGAUCGUGUCUUCUUCUUCUUCUUCUUCUUCUUCAAGACUGCUUCCUGGGACUCGUCUCUUCGCUUCUAUUGGCAAUAGCUUAGAAAUGUCUUUGCCUCACCUCAUCAGGAUCUUGUAUUCUUCAUGAGCCCCAUGCAUCCCACUUCAUCAUUCUUGUGUCGCCGUUAGUAAAUAUCACGCAUUUAUCAGCUGCCCGCUAUUGAGUGGAGGGCUUGUUAACACUAAAUAGGGUUGACCUCCUGUGAGGUUGAGUGAAUGUGACUCCUAUCAAUUAGGGCUUUUCUGUCUCCAAGGGGAACGACGUGACCCAUUGUCAGAGCUGAGCUUGGGUUUCCCACAUGUUUUUCCUUCACGCAAAAGCCACGUCUCGCUUUGCCUGUCAUGCCGUUCUCAGGAAUACUCGUCACCGAGGUCUCGCCGUAAUUAGUCAUUUUUAAUGUCAUUAGCCCCGUCGUACCAGUAUUUGCUUCCCACGAAUAUCGAACUGCUACCGACCCUAUCCAAUGUUUUGUUUUCUUUUUACAGCUAUUAUUUUAUUCGGUGAGCCGCAGCGAUGGGAACACAGUCUGCAAAUUCUCCUGGACCUCCUAAUCCAGUCUGGGAGGUAGUUAAACAGGGCGGAUGCAGGUCUACUAGCAGAGGGCUGGGAAGGAUUGUCAGGACAAUGCAUUCGUGUAGCGCUGGUGCGGCAGUAGGUCCCAUGAGUCGUCACUGGGUCUCAAGAUGACCGAAAUAGGGUGUGGCAGCGAAGGCAAUAAAGCAGCUGACUGUCGGUUGAUGGUAUCCAUGGCACAGUUCAAUAAAAAACAGUUGUAAACAUGACAGUCGAUUUGCGAACUCGAUGCCUAGGCACUGAAGGGGAUGGAUACCUGCCGUCUGGGAGCUGACUCCCCUUUUAUCUAGCCAAGCGAACCAGACUAUUCAUGCAGACGAUCACGUCCCAAGUCGCCAGAACUGCAAAGGUAACCCAAAGCAACUCAAAAGGAGUGUUUAGCACGGUUGCAAGAGAAAACAGUUAAGCGAGUCAGGGGUUUCUGCUGCGGUGCACUUUUGCAUUAUUUAUUCAUAGGGAUUUCUAUGAGUGAGGACUGUGGGCUGAUCCCUGGGGAGUGCCAGCCCCUGGCUUGGAACCCAGCCAAUGAAGAAAGCGGACAUCGCUGAAUGUUGAAGAGACCCAGAACGGACCCUAAAAAUCAAGUAUUUUGGCUAUCUGCAGGCCCAAUUAUUAUUUCUGUUCCGCUAGACGAUUUCAUGCAUUUUUCGACCAGGAAUGCUGGUUUGACGUAUCUUCUUAACGGUUCCAUAUCGCAGGACAUUUUAAAGAAAUAUAAUCUCAGUAUGUAACAUAGCUAAACUCAAAAGACAAUUUAGAAAUACCUCUGCCUCAUCUCAUCACGAUCUUGUAUUCUUCAUGAGCCCCAUGCAUUCCACUUCAUCAUCCUUGUGUCGCCGUGGGUAAAUAUCACGCAUUUAUCAGCUGCUCCCUAUUGGAGGGAGGGCUUGUUAACACAAAAUAUGGCAGAUCUCCUGUGACGUUGAGCUAAUGUGACUUCUAUCAAUUAGGGCUUUUCUGUCUCCACGGGGAACGGCGUGACCCAUUGUUAGACCUGAGUUUGGGUUUUCCACAACGCCCACACAUGUUUUUCCUUCACACGAAAGCCACGUCUCACCUUGCCUGUCAUGCCGUUCUCAGGAAUACCCGUCACCGAGGUCUCGCCGUACUUAGCCAUUUGAAUGUCAUUAGUCUUGUCGUACCGGUAUUUGCUUUCCACGAAUAUCGAACUGCUACCGACCCUAUCCAAUGUUUUGUUUUCUUUUUACAGCUAUUAUUUUAUUCGGUGAGCCGCAGCGAUGGGAACACAGUCUGCAAAUUCUCCUGGACCUCCUCAUCCACGAUGGAGAUCCCAGCAAAAACCUUGAGGACUGUGGCAGUAAGUGACUCUUGUCUGGCCUCCUGUUGCACGCUGUCGCUUGGCCACAUCUUGCGAAAUUCACCCUAGUAUGGUUGUUGCAGUCUUGUCCCUUUGACUGCCGCCGCAGGUAUUGCACCUGAUUAAUUUGUAAGAUGUGGUUAUGUAGUCGCGCCCGAUGGACAAAAUACUGUUGGGGUUGGGGUUAGGGGCUAGGGUUGGAGGUUAGGGUUAGGAUCAGGGGUUACGACAACUACUUCUUAACCACUCAAAGUACAACCGCGCAUUCCCACUAACUUUUCUUUUGCAUGCAACUACUUGACCUCGUCGUCUGUGCGUUCCCCGGACCCACCUGUAAAAAACCCCUAUUAUCACCUGUCCUGUAUUACAGGUGGCUGGGCUCUGCUUACUUCAGGUGGAGCUACAUAAUUGACCAAUUGAUUUUCUCUGUUUAGGGUUAGAUCAAAGUCCACCUUAAUGCAUCCGUCCACUUUGUCCUUUUGCAUGACUAGGUCCCGAAGAAUGUCCAAAGAAAGUCCCCGCUUCUGUCAGUCCUUCCAGUAUGUUCAUCGGUCGGACUUACUCGGUGUAAUUCGACUUCGUUGUUGUUAUGGCCUCCAUUUCUUGUUAAAUUCCGUGAGAAGGGGUGAAAUAGACAUUUAAGGACUCGCUGACGAAAUGCGGGUCGUCAAACUCGACUGUUAGAUGUGAACAGGUGGGGGGAACCGUAUCUGGGCUGACGUCACGAGUCACAUGGUGGCGCUCAUUAACGCGCCUGCCUGACGGGAAGCUUUUCUCCGUUUUAAUCGAAGGCAAUCAACCGGCUUCCCUGGGAAUUAAGAUCUCAAGCAUAGACUCCUUUACAGCGGCGUACUUCCACAUGCCAUGCGUGCGUGUCAUAGCUUCCGAAUAAAUGCCUUCAUCCGAGGGAUAUUUUAUCCAUCGUUCCCCCUGAGGACCAUCACGGAUAGAAGGUCGCAGCAACCCUCGCUUGGAGUAACUCCUAGUGCGGAAGACUUGCGCACGCAUCACUUCUCCAGAUCUCGUCAAUCAAGACGGCUGACGACUCAACUGGACAUCUUGAAGUAGGAUUGAUUUUAGUAGUUUGGGAGGGAGGGAACAGAGUAGCUAGCCUGUAGAAUGCGACUUUGAGUGAUAAUGGAAUAAACUAUCACCGUGAAGGUCGCUGUCCUCGCACACCCAUAGUGCUCUGGCAUUGCUCUGGAUUAGCCUGGGCGCUCUCGGCUACCUGACACAAAGCUCUGUAUUUGCUUUUCACACACCUACUUGUGGCCUCCUCCCUUAUAAACUGAACCGAAAUAGGGUGUGGCAGUGAAGUCAGUGAAGGAGCUGAGUGUCGGUUGAUGGUAUCCAUGGCGCAGUUCAAGAGGGGCAUUUGUAAACUUGACACUCGAUGUGUGAACCGGAUGCCGCUUGACGCUGAAAAUGCCAUAUUGAAUGAGAACGCUGAUCAUGUAGAUCUCCUCAUCGGAUGUUUACACUGUUGAUUUCGUCAGCUGUUAGUACGCCCAACUUGCCCCGCCUAGUUUGGCUGAACAGGGAAUCCAGUCGUAUUCUUGUAAUUCAUUUAAAAAAAUUGGAGAACUUUUAGCGCCUGUUGACGAUAUGCAGGCAGCCAAAGGCGACGAUAACGUGUGAAUAAUUGGGGGGCGGUACGCGGCCAGAGGUCACGAGUCACAUGAUGAUGAUGAUGAUGCUAAUUAGGACACCCGCCUGACAGACAGCCUUUCUUCGGGUUAAUCGAUGACGGUCAAGCUGCCGCCGUCGUCGCCGCCGCCGCGUGGGGGGUGAAAAUCUCAAGUGGUGACGACAGCGUACGAGCACGGCCCGUGCGUGUUCGUCGUGGUCUCGCUUAACGAAGGGAUAAUUUGUCCAUUGUUUCCACUGCGGAGCCCCACGAGUGGGAGGUAGUGGUGACCUUCAUGUUGAGUUAAUCAUGCCACGGAAGACUUGCGCACGCACCGUCUUUCGAGAUCUCUUCGAUCAAGACGACCGAUGACGCGACUAGGCCUCUACCACACACCUGCUGGUGGCCCUCCUCCCUUAUCAACCGAAGCAGAAUUCGCACGAAUUCGUCAGCACUGUAGAUGCACGUCAGCUACCCUCGUCUGGUUCCACAUCAAGUCGAUGCGGUUGCGAAUGUGUGUGGGUGACUGCUGUGCUCGGUAGGUAGACGUUUGUUCUUACUGUCUGUCUGUCAAAGUGACGAUGUCCGCCUGGAUUCCGAUUGCACUCCCUGCACACUCAUGCUGCUAAGAGAUUUUGCAAUGUAACUUCUGCAUAUACAUUGCUCCGAUUGCAUAAAACAGGCAACAGUUCGGCUCUUACGAACGACAACGUGCACUGCGUGCCCAUACAGUGAACGCAGCACUAAUGAGUUGCACGUGAAUUGGUUUACCGUGAUACAGACUUGCACAGCACCUACCACACCUCUUCCUUCCCUACCCGCCGUACUCUCAUGCCAUAACGCUGUUAAAAUGACCGGGCUGGAUGAGGCUCCCACUAGAUGAUUUACUUCCGCCUAAGAAACCGUUCAGAAUGAACGAAUUUUUCACGAACGGUCCCGGCUUCACAGUUUUGGCUCAAAACUAAAGCUACAGAUUGGCCACUUCUGCGGCUCAAGUGAGGGUGCGUGCUGGCUGACUGGAGAAUCUACCCGUCGUGAUUUUCGAAAUCUCAUCUUUCCAGCGAUUCCUCUGAGGAAGAACGGUUCGUUCUAAUGAGAUUUGGUCGUCAUUACGUGUCAGAAGGCCUGGCUUAGGAGGCCGCCAAGUGAUGGGUUAUUUUGCCAUGAUGCCAUGGCAAUCCACGCUGACGUAGGAUCUGAGAUGCUUGUGUGUGGUUCGUGUGAGCGGGAGCCAAGUUCUGUUUAGCAUGUAUAAACUGACUUUAUGACUAUGGACUUUACCACUGGAAUAUGAUUGGUUGAGGCGGAGGAGAAGGGAAGGUAGGGGGGAUAAAGGCUGCAAAGCUUGCAUUCAUUCCAACUUCCAUCGCUCUCUACCUCCUCUCCCUCUUCCCCCCCCCUCCCCGACAACAGUGUUUCUUAUCAUUUGCGGUUGGGGAACUGUUGUGGGCAUAAAAUUUCUUUGGGGCGACGCUAUUUAAUCCCCCCCCCCAGCCCGUUGCUGUUCAAUAAACGAAACGACCCUUGGGAAGCCUCUCCUAGAAUAUUUCGCUGCGGGAAUUUGCCGCGUCAAGCGUUGAGGGUUGGUUGGGGGUGGAGGGCAGUACGCCACAUCGUUUGAUCUACAAUUCAGGGCAUUCCCUUCCCAGUAUCCAAUGUCCUACGAUUACUCUUCCUACUUAUAGAUCUUUGAGCUUAGAUAAUAAGCUCUUCCUUAUGGUUGCUAUAAUUAUGACUGUCGACGUGCAUGUGCGAUAUGUGCAGCAACUCUCUAGUGACCAUCACUUGUCUUAUCUGAUUCUGGAGCUGGUUGGUGCGAAGGGCUGGCCUGGAACAUAAUCAACCCUUCUACCACCUGAAAUCCAUGCCUAUAUGGUUGUUACUCUCCUCCUUUGGGUGGAGGUGUGCAUUUGGUUGCCGACAUCGGAAGUGAUAUUUUCGACAGUAUGUUCACCACAUACACUUCUUUGAUCUACCCUGGUUCAGCCAACGUUCAGCUAUCAACUCCGAAGCUAAAACUUGAAAGUAUGCCAACCUGGCUUAUUUACUUGGCGGCAGCGUUCUCUAUAAAGCCGCAGAAAAAGAAGCCGUGGUAAUUUCAUGCGAUUUACGACAGUUUGACCGUCGAUUCCGACGAUAGCCACCUUGUUCUACAUACCAAUGUGCAACAGGCACGGUGACUUGCGUGUGAAUUGCUUUAUAGUGACAGUAGACUGGCGUAGCACCUGCCGCACUCUCUCUUCCCCACCGCCCACCUGGACCCAGUGUCAAGACAGAGUCAAGAAGUCCGGAGGCGGGGGAGGGCGUGCGGUAACGUAACGUAGAUUUGCUUCUAUUGAUACGGCACAAAAGUUAACCAUGGGGACGUACCGUGAUAUGAGCAAAGUUUCAUACUUAAACGAUUCAGGACCUAGUAGGAGAUGCACAGUUUGGAAAUGUACGCGUCCAUUUUGUAGGAUAUUUACGGGGGGUUGGUUCUACUGGCACCGUUUUAGUAGGCAUAUUAUGAUCAGCAGUCAACAGGGUUACCGCGUUCAUGUGAUACAUUGCUCUCUAGGGGUUGAUUUCAGGUGGGAGUGAUUAUAUUUUAGUUUGUCCGCGUGGAAAAUCAGAGCGAUACUGCAUUUUUUAAUCGGCGGUUGGUCAACCCUGUCGGACGAUAUCGGACCGUAGGAUUGACCAGGCCAGCAUUACCUACUAAACCCUGGUUAGGCCUGCACAUAGAUGUACUUUGCGAUGGCGCCCUCAUACCUCUGCGUGUGUGUAUAUGUACACUUGCAUGUAUAUGCCUGCACGCGGGUCUGAAUCAUAUAUCUAAAUCUUGACAGCGCUUCGCUAGUCCCCAUACCUCAUGCACACAGUACACACGCACACAAGUCACCCACGUGCGGCGGCAGUGUUGGUUUUUGGCGAGGGCGUCAAGUCAACAUAGGCCGUUCACCCUUCCGGUCCUGGGGCUCGAAAUGGAUCCAGAAUGUGUUUGUGCGCGCGAUGGACAAGCCAGCAACCCGCCAUUCGAGGCAAGCGUGCCGUGUCGGUUGGCAUGGACGGGUGCCAGGAGGGUUGAGGGGUGCCUACAGAUUUAUGACCUUCUCCUCAAUACAAAUAAGGUAUCGCGCGGGCUGCGGGAAUAAUGAUGCAUAUCGAGGGCACAGCAAGUAGACAGCGUGCCCUACUAGCGAAAAGAGGCUACGCAAAGGUGGUUGCUUGCUUCCGGCCCGUUGUGCAAGAGUUCGGUAUACUUCUUGACCGCAUACAUUCGUCGGAGCAUCGACGAAGGCACGCGCGCGUCCCGUCGUUAACGAACAAAUAUUACUGUCAGAGGGAUUAGUUAAGUUGAAGCUUCGCAGAACUUCUCAACACACCUUGCCAGGAUAACCUGAUCUCUGCUGAAAAUGAGCCGUUGGUUGCAUGGGGCAGAUGCUGGGACAGACGGUGUGUGCGCUUUCACAUCCAAUCUCCCUGCCUCAGACUUGCCACUGAAACACGAUUGGUGGGAGUGAGAGCGAUGCUGUGCAGUUCUCUCUACCAUAAGCUGACUUGCGCUCCGGUCACUCUUCUCAGAGGAGACAGGCGUCCUCGGGCCAGACAGGCCAACUGUGAUCUGUAGUCGCUGAACAGGGAGGAAGCCUUAGUACGGGGUGAUCAGUUGAUGAUGGAACCAACAUGCGUCACCACAUUCAUUAAGUGGCCGAUUCGGUCUCCGAUAAUUUCUAUUCCUUCUUGCCCUACUGAUGGAAGUCGGGAUGAAUAAACAAAAGCGGGUUCUAUCAAGAGUAGUUAGAUUCUCAAGGCAACUUAGUCGUAGAUGGGCAGGAAAUUGUCGCUCACGGCAUCAUCAUUGGCCAACGGCUAUUCCAAUCACAGAGCACGGCCCACAGCCGUCCGGUCGUCCACAGUCCCCGCUAAGCGUUUACUGUUGCGUAAGACGAUUCGUUAACCGUAUGGUUUCUUGUAGUUUCCGGGUGUCAAAGCGUAAAUUCCCAUCCACCUGCACGACACUAUUUUAGUUUCUAGGAUUGUGCCGAGCGGUGGUGGGAGUAAAUUUUAUUUUUUGGCAGACGUCAUUCGUUGUGUCGUGAUACCACUUCGGGUUGUGACCCUUUCAUAGUUAAUUGGUUUGGCAGAUAGGGGCCCCGUCGCUGCAGGAUCCGUGCCUGCCUUGUAGCGGUCAGUGGUCACCUUCGGUCCGCCCAUCACACCUGUCAAUCAUUCCUUGUGUGCGCGUGUGACCCAGCCUUCGGCUCACCAACACCGUGACGCCGAUCGAUAUUUUUGUCCCCGUCACUAGGCCGCGGCCGGACAAAUCUCAGGCGCAUGCACUUCGCACCAACAACCUAAGAUGACUGGUACACGGACGGCGAUAGCACUCGCAGCCUCUGCCUGUUGAGCCGCGUGUACGCUCUUUAGCCUCAGCAAAGAUUGUCCAAUAAUUUCCCGACCUUUGAUUAGGGAAACCUCGGGUUUUCGGCCCGAUAACACUUCGACAACUCCGUCAGACCCGAGAGCCUGCCUAUUUGAAGUUAGUCUGGCAGCGGUAUAGGGGAGGACCCAACUUAACUGUCAGUAGAAUGUGGAUCGUGUCAUAUGGGGUUUUAUCUUAGCGUACAUUUGCAGGCUGCUGAAGAAACUACACUGCCAACAACGAUUACUUCCAACGACCUCACACCUUAACUCAAAAUCCGUUGUUUUGUGAAAUUUGCUUUUUAUUUAUUGUUUAAUUACUACUCUCAUCUCCGUUGUCAUACAAUAGCGUAGGAUAAGGCUUUCGGCAUAAACUCGGGCAAUUUUUGCAUCUUCUUUAAUUUUGUCAGCUUACUGUCUAGCGUGCUGUCCCACCCAUAAAACUCAAUUUACCAUAAAUCACCUAUGGCACGAUCCACAGUCUACUGACAACUAAGUGGGGUCCUUCUCUGUAUCGUUGCCGUUAGUCUUUGUUAAAAAUCGGUCCACUGUUCGUCAUCCAUGUUAAACGAUAGACGCCGUCCCUCCCGAAUCCCUCUUGUCUGGGCGGCACUUUAGGAUUCGUAGAUUGGAGGGUCACCAACUGUAUAGAAGACAAAUGUGGUUUUAGAGGCGGAGGAUCUGGCUGUAGGGCAGCUGCCUCUUUUCAUGGCUUUAAUAUAAAUUGUUCAAAUCCGGUUCGGAUUUUACGAAACAGUGUCAUGCCUCUCACAGUAGUCAGAUGCUCAGUUAUUCACUUCGCUGGCCUUUUGAACUUAGCCUUCUCAGUGGAACAGAAUGGUAGUGGGAAGAGAGGUAGUUAGGUCGUUGCGGUGCAGUUCUUUCUCAACCAAGCUCCUUCCUCCCUCCCUAAUUUUCGACUUUUCCUCCCCCUGCCCAGGUGACUACCACUCACAUCUGCCAGUUUUCGCCUGCAGCAGCGACCUCGUCUGGGCUGGAGAGGCGCCCACCCCGAGGUUGGCUCACGGCAGCUUCCUCAUCUGCUUGGAGUCACUGUACGAACGCAUGACUGGCCAUCGUCUGGAAUACACCUCCCUCAUUGGCAAGCCAAGUCCCGUCACUUACACCUUCGCCCUCUCCCAGCUGAACGCGAUCGCAGCAAAGGAUUUUGCCGCUACUCAACCACUGAGGCGGAUCUACUGUAUUGGGUAAGAACCUCCUUCCGAUCCAGACAGUUUUUUUUUAACAGAAUUACGUAAAGCGGCGCAUGCAGAUCAGACCUGACCACAGGAUUGAAUAUGAAUGUUUUGCCGUGCACUGCUCAGUUCUCGAGCCUUCUCAGGCAAAUGAGCCAGAAAUGGCCAAUCCAGUCCUUCUAGUCUCCUUCCUUUCAUCCGACCCAGUGUAAGGCUUAUGUGCGGCCAACGCUCAAACCACUUCAGCUAGAAUGCUCCUACUGGGAAGGUAUACUGCCAAAGACAAGGAAGACUAUGGUAGACAUUUCUGUCAUGUCUGCCGUCACUAGUCGAUUGUGCUGCAAUCAGUGGUCCGAAAGACGUGCGAUGUGAACCCAAGUAGAUUGGCAAUCGAGCACUAAAGUCACACGCUCUAUCAGUUGAGCCACGCGCCCACAUCAUAUCAGCUGACACCAAGAGUACCAUCCACGGAUGGUCAUACCGAUGGGUUAUCAACGCUACUUCGCCAAUCUGCAUAUGUAAAAAGGAGACCGUAUCGACGCCAAAUAUUGACGAGCGCUUCUGUACAUCAUGAACAUCUCGGAAGUUAGCAGUCGCCUUCUCACGUCACCUAGAGUUAAGGUCGAGAACGGACCAAAUGCAACCACCAUGCGCCAUAUAAUGAGACUUUAAUACCCUCUGUCAAUAUGUGAAACGUCUGGAGUCUUUUCCCGGGUCCGUUGCAGUUGCGGGCAAGGCGCCUACAUCGGAGACACUGGGGGUGACUGAACACGUAGCAGCGGUGAGGAGGAAGGAUGCCUACUCCCGGAUUGCGGCUCAUUCGACGGCAGCCGACCAACGAUGUCGUCAUUCUCUCGCUAGGCGAGAACCACGUGAGUCGCGUCCAUAUUCAGCUCUAAGACUCUGUCUGAGCAGAGGAGUUGGUCACGCCAGGAGCACGCGAGAGAGCACCGCCUCCAGUGACGAAAUCGGUGGAGCAGAGGGCCUUGAAACUAUCAGACAAAUAGCCAUCACUGGCGAUUUAAUUGCUGCAAUUAAGCGCUCGGAUGCGGGCGGUCAAGUCAUCAUCGCACCAAGUAGGAUGCGGGUGGUCGAGCCACUAUCGCACCAAAUACGACCAUGUACGAUGAAUUCGAGAGGUGCCAAUUUUGAUAGGCGUUUUUGUGUAAAACAACUGUAUCUGGUAUAUAUAAGUACUUCUCUCGUUGUCCUUUCACAAACUUUAUCUGUAACCGCCCCGGAUGAGAAUUUAGUGUGAAUUCGAAGUGUCAAGUGGGCAAAAUUAUUGUCUCACUGGUCGAGUAUCUCUUCUUCUACUGGGAACAUUCAAAAUGACGCGGAUGACGUCCCACCUGUCUGGCGAGCACAUGCUUUGGUGUAGCAUGGUAAAUCUAGUGGGGACUAGGUCGCGUGCGUGACAAGCGCAGACGGCCCCUCAACCGUCUCAGCUACUGCUCCCAAUCGCGGCAUCAGGUGGCUGACAGAUUGGGGUUGGAAGGGCAGAGUGAGGUCGACAUUGAAGAAUCCAUCCCCACGGGAAAAUCAACCUAGUUCCCACUAAUAAUAAAUCUGACGCGCUCGAAUUUAUUGCAAUAUGCCAAGAAUUGUGGUUUAGAAGGUUCCCAACUUAGGAGAUAACUGGGUCCUUCCCAGGACUGAGAGUCGGGCUGCAAUGGCUCUUUCUCAAUGUGCCCUCUACGGCCCUCUCACUAGGCAACCCCUGCCGCAGCGUGGUACAGUAGAUAGGCUAAUUCAGGAAAUGUCAACCGAAAUCCCGAAAUGCGUUUUCGUUUCGAAAAGAUUUGUGAAGUAUGGUUGUAAAACUAAUCUGCCUGCAGUAUAAUUCUAUAAUAUUUCAGUUACUUCAGGAUGCUGGCUUUCGAACAAACUUCCUUCCGGCUGCACACAAAAACUAUACUCUAUAAGAAAUGACUACUUAGGUAGCAUUCAUUUUUCUCAUUGAUUUUCGAUGCCCCUCAAAGUCCAAUUAUAUUUCACGGAAAACAUGCAUAAAAAUAUUCAUUGUUUUACUCAUUCAGUAGAACAUUACGUCUUCCAAUUUUAUACUCGACCGAAGGGUAUAAUUCGGUUUUCAAAAAUUUUUUCAAUUCCCGAAUAAUUUUGAACCCGCGCUGCCGUCACACUUGCAUUCAGGGUUCGCAAACUACAAGCCAUGUAUUUUCCGCGUACGAAAACCACACAUUUCUCUACGGUAUUAAGAGGAGACCACAUGGGAUUCACAAAAUUUGGCAUUGGAUUGAAUCCAUAUUGUUAACUUUACAAGCCACAUUGGCAAAUGCAGAGACAUGACGUUUUAUGAACGGCCGUUUCACGGUAUUUAAAAGUCCCACAAUUAGAAACUUUUUGAAAACCGAAUUAUAUCCCUCAUUCGAGUAUAAAAAUUGAAAGAAGACGUAAUUUUCUGCCGAGUGAGCGAAAAAAUGUAUAUUUUUAUGCGUGUUUUCCAUGAAAUAUAACUGAAUAUCUGAGAGCAUUGAAAAUAAAUGAGAAAAGUGUAUGUCACGUAAGUAGUCCGUUUUUACAGAGCGUAGUUUUUGCAUGCAGCCGGAAGGAAGUUCUUUCGAAAGCCAGCAUCCUGAGGUAACUGAAUUAUUAUAGAAGUAUACUACAGACUGAUUAGUUUUACAACCAUACUUAUUAAUGUUUUCGAAACGGAAACUCAUUUCGGAAUUUCGGCCGACAGUUCAUGAGUUAACCCACCUACUGUGCAUUCACUGGGGGCAAGGCCGCGUGCGGCACGCGUAGACGGGCUGUUUAGCUCCCCCAGACGCCGCACUUGCAUGCACCUCCGGUCGUAUUAACAUUGUCCUGCCAUUGGAGCAAGGUUGGGUGACGAAGGGGAGAGUGCGGUAGAUGCUGCGCUAAUCUGUCACGCACAAGCCACUGGCCCUGCACCCGCUCUGUGGGUCACUCAGUGGCCGUCACCGCUUACGACAGUAGAACUGAUGCGUAUUUAAAAGAGGCUCGUCAAAGAAAUAAUCAAACCGUACUCGGGGACUUCCAAGUUGGCCACACAGCAACCCGUUGCCCAGUAAAAUGAAUAAGGGAGAGAUGGGAUUAGCACACUAAAGCGUUUGGGAUUAGAGCGGUUGCCGGGCUGACAUAGCGUCAAAAUAGGUGUUGGAGCUGGUGGACACGGUUAUGACUCGCCUUAUUGAAUCAGAUGUCGGAUAGAUAAUUGGCGAGACUGCCGAUGGGUGGACAUGUAUUGGUGGUGAUUGAUUCAAGAUGGACAAGGGGACAGUUAGCCAUGAGUGCAGACCUACGGAGUGAGUGUCCAGGUCGACAGGGUGGUGUAUACUGCCAGUGUUAAAAUAUCGCACCUUGGCAAAUUCUCGUGUUGGACAUGAUGGCCGCUUCAGCUUCCUCCAAAUGGACAUGACCACUUUCAAGUGUGCGCAUAAAGACGAGAGGGGGCGGGGGGGGGGGCAGGCUGGGCGGCAACCUAUUUAUGUUCGUCCGGUAAAAGUGCACCGGCGUCGAGCCGUAUGGUCAGCCUACUGAAAGGAGCAAUUAGCGCAUGGGAUGUGCGCUAAUGCACGUUUGUGUCUGCUGACCUUUUGGCAUGGGGUUCUUUGCCUGAGACAGUGCUGCGCACAAGGAGGAUGCCGGCAUGUGGGCGAUGUGGAUAACAAAGCAAUUGGGCUACCUGACGACUGAGGAAGAUCUCGUUGUAAAGGCCCCUUUUGGUGAGUCUGCCAUCGUUUAGCCCUUAUAUGCUCAUAUCCGAAGACGAUAGACUGUCUCCAGAUGUCGCAGGCUAAUCACAGUGCGUGAGUAAUCUCAUGAAAUGUUGGCCAAAAUUCUGGAAUGCGUUUCCGAUUAGGAAGGGUUAUUUAAGUGGGGUUCUUAUACUGAUUAGCAUGCAGGAUAACCCUAUAACAUUUCGGACUCGCCAGGAUGUCGACUUCUGAAUGCACUUCGUUUUGACUUCCUGCAGAAACCACACUCGGUAAACAAUGACUACUUGUGUAGCGUGCAUUUUUCCUAUUGACUUUCGAUGGUCUUACAAAUUCAAAUAUAUUUUACAGAAAACAUGUACAAAAAUAUGCUUUCUUUUGCUCAUUUGAAGGGAAAUCACAUUGUCUUCAUAUUUUAUGUCCGAAAAAGUGUGUAUUUAGGUUUUAAAAUGUUCCUAAUUGUGAGUUUUUUAAGACCGUGUCAUGUCCAUGCAUGCAAGACCGCACAUGUCCGUUUACUAAUGCUCCUCAUGAAAUGUACAACACAGUCCGGAUCCAUUGCAACAUUUCAUGAAUUCGAUGUGAUGUCUUCUUAAAGGCACAGAGGAAUAGAUGAGUUUCCUUACGCGGAAAGCAUGCACCUUGUAGACUGAAAUUGCUAAACGCUGAUGCAAUGGCAGAUCAGGCUGAAAACUAUUCGGGAAUUGGGAACCUUUUUUAAAACCUGAAUAUACACUUUCUUCGGGCAUAAAAUAUGAAGACAAUGUGAUUUUCUACCAAAUGAGCAAAAUAAAGCAUAUUUUUUAUGCAUGUUCUGUAUAAAAUAUAUUUGAAUUUGUAAGACCAUCGAAAAUCAAUAGGAAAAAUGCAUUCUUUUUAAGUAGUCAUCUUUUCCCCCGAGUACGGUUACUGUGUUCCUUUGCUUAUUAAGCGCUAGUAAGUCCAUUGUUCUGACAACUGAGCCGCGGGCUCGUUGUCCUGUCGGUUGUGAUCAGGAAUAUUAACUAUGGUGGGAGUGUGUUCGCCGAUGACAAAUGAGUUUGCGCCUCUGCGUAAACUUAACUUACUUUUCCCUCCUGCCUUGCAGUGAUAAUGUCGACGUGGACGUCUACGGUGCGAAUCUGUAUAAUCUCUGCCUAAAGACGCUCACGAGCGAGGCCUUUCGAAAGGUCUCCAAACGCGUGCACUCCUUAAUUCAGGAGGAGCACCCCAGCCUCACUUCUAUGCCCUUCAGUGAUACAGGGCCCGAGGAAGCCGGAAAAAGGUCCCUCUACGAGACGCUGAUUGAGAGUUCCUCUUCCAUGCCUACUAUCCUUCAGCAGCUGUCAGAACACACCCACCUUGAAGAAUCUGUCUGCUCCUUCUACUCCAUCCUCGUGCUCACUGGAGUCUACCAGGUAGGAAAAAUCCUCCACUCAUCUCUCAUUGCUGGCAGAGUUUAAACUACGCGGCACUUCUAUUGCCACCGCUGCCCCUACCACUGCUGUUUUAUUAUUAUCCAUUCGCUUUAAAAGAGCUAACCCUCUCUGCUACUGCUUACUGCAUCGCUGGUUGUUCAAUUUUCAUGAGAUACCAGUAACUAAAAAUAAAACGACCGCUUCUGAGCAGUUAUCAGUCAGCCAAGCGGGACAAAAUCAGUCCCUGAGAGGCUAACUGAGGCAGGAGGGCCCAACAGCUGAAGAGAUAAGUCCCCACACUCUUUGUCACUAAUCUGACGUGACUAUAGCGCACAGGAUAAUGACUGCGACUGCCCAUACUGCUAACUACAUACACGACUGCCAAGUAAGCUUUGACUUAUGCAGAGAACGUUAUGGUUACCCUUGUGUGGCUUCCUUAAAAUACUGCCCGAGGAGGGAGUCAGAGGGUGAUAGUGUAUCGACUCUAGCAUUGCCUGCCUUUCGGUCCACGCGACUGUUAAUUCUGCUAGGUUUCGCUCUCACCGAGUCCCUGUCUUGGUUUGUUUUGAAAUCCCUCCCCCCUGUUACCCCCUGUUUCUUUAUCGAGUCAUUUCCAUGGUGCACCUGGAUCGAUAUUGCUUGAAGGGUCCUGGCAGGCCUUAGGAGACGUCCAUGCCCCUGCCACAUCACCGACGCGUAACGGACACCCGUCCUGUCAGUCUGCCUCUCCAGUUGUGUGUGCGGGGCUGUGCGCGUGGAGGACGGGCAGUAAUUGGACACUGGAGUUCAUAUACCAGGAGACACACGGGGAAGGCUGGGGGAGACCCACUGAUGAGCCGAACCCCUCGCAGCUGCGCCAGGCAGCGGCAGAAUAUCGGCGAAAAACGCGUGUCUGGGCUUUUAAUUAGUACCUGUAUUGUCAAUGCGGUGAAUCAUUACACAAAAGUUACUGAAAAUGUUUAGCUAACGUUGCCUGAGAACGAUUCCGCCGGCAGAUUACAUUGAUUUGAUAUUGGGUGAGACGAGCAUCACUCGUUGCAACAACAUCAGGAGGCUAGCUCAGACCAUUCAGACAAGGCAACUGAGUUGGUUUUGGCAUUGUCGUUAACGCCCACCGCAUGAGAUCAGUGCUGAUGUCCUUGAUCCGGCACCGAUACCUAGUUGUGGGGGGGGGGGGAUCGGAGGACGGCGAACCAGUGACCCGUGUAAAACUUGAUGUGGCAGAGGCCGGCCCCCCCCCCCCUUUUCGGUUUUUGUUGCCGGAGAAGCGAGCCACGUCGAGCUCUGCACGUCAACUGACCGCAGAUCAUCAUGCGCGGAGAGGUGCAAUACUUAAGGUCAUGCAGGCCGCCUAGUCGGUGCAGCUGAGCCCUAUAAUUUUGCCCACCAAAGGUCCCUCUGUUCCGUGGUCUGAAGUCUUUAGUAAAUAUUCCCUCAAUGCCUUAGACCUUUGCAGAGCGGUUCGGCCUAUUGACUUGCGGCGGUGUGCCAGUUCUAGCCUGAAAUCUACUCACUUCUGCCCUUCUGUAGGAGCAUCAGAAAAUGCGUGUCAAAUGGCCCGACCUGCUGAAACCGGUCAAGGAAAUUCAUCCGAACCUGCCCCACUUGCCGGGUCUGCGUGUACCCAACUUCGUUGCCCGAGAUAUCGAGGAGGCUAUACAGUACAUCCUCUUUCUGGAGGGGCGCCUCGAUGGGAAUGUCCAUGUGACGCGUGCCUGUCCCUACCUCGAUGAGAGUGGUUGCUAG